GUCGACUCUCUCAGCAUUUCCGUCAUCACACAACCGUUUGCUCUGCCCUCUGUGCUCCUUCUCUACUUCUCCUUUUUUACUUCUCAACCCAUGUUGUCACACAAUUGCAUCAUCCCCAUUCCAGAGUCGACUCUCUCAACAUUUCCGUCAUCACGCAGUCGUUUGCUCUGCCCUUUGUGCUCCUUCUCUACUUCUCCUUCUUUACUUCUCAAUUAGGUUGCCUUCAGGCUCGAAUGUUGGCCUACGGAUUACGUAUUUUACCUCUCUGUGACGCUGUUCUCAGCAGAUGCCCAAAGUAUUCCUGAAGAAGGGUUUUUUGUCUGUGUAUGCAAUCAGCAACUGCAUGGGUUCAUACUCCCCAAGGCUCUUCGUCAUCUUCCCUCAUGCUACCAUUAACAGCUGUGUAGGUUGCUUUACAGAUGGAUCACAUAUUACAGAUACAGAUGGAGGCUCUUACUAUACGGGGGUUAAAAUUGAGGCCAUUGCUAGAAACAAUCUAAUCACUAAAUUUAAGAAUGAUCUACUUGAAGGGAAGGUUUACCGGAUUUCGACUUUUAUGGUUUCAACCAACAGUGGCUUUUUCAUGGCUGCCAACAACGAGUUCAAGAUCAAUUUGGUUGACAAAACUAAGGCUGUUCUUGAAGAGGAUCCCUUGAUUCCAUUGAACAUGUUUACCUUCAAGAAUUCAGAAGAAAUCAUAGCUACUGGGGGUGAUUAUAACUACUUGAUUGACAUCAUUGGCUUGGUUACUAACGUUUCCAAGGAAAAACAAUACAGUAAGGGUUGUGGUGUUACUAGGAUGAUUGAGAUGGAGUUGACUGAUGAUAAGGGGAAGAUUCAGUGUGCUUUAUUUGGCAACUAUGUUGAUGUUGUCAAGGAAUUAGUUGCUUCUAAUGGUUAUCGUAUGGCUGUUGUGAUUCUGCAAUUUGUCAAGGUCAAGACAUUCAAGGGUGAUGUUGUACUUCAAAAUGUUAUGAAUGCUACAAAUGUUAUUUGGAACCCGACCACACAAGAGGCUGCUACUUUUCGUGAUGGGUUGGCUAUCCAUGGAAUUGAAUUUGAUAAGCUUAUAGCUGAUAUAGCUGAUUUUGCUGAGGACGAUGAUAUCCGAGUCAUUCCAUUAGGUGAGGAGUUCCUUACUUUAUAUCCCAGGAAAACGAUACAACAACUCAACACCACUGCUGAGGAUGGAGUUUUUGUAGUUAGAGCUACAAUAGCUGGUAUAACUCAGGGAGAGAAAUGGUGGUACUCAUCUUGUCGCUGCCACAAAGCUGUAAGCACCAGGGAUGGGAUGUACUAUUGUCGCAGCUGCUCUAAUUAUGUUCUUUCAGUUAUUCCAUGUUUCCGGAUCAAGUUAGAGGUGAAUGAUGGAGAUGCAGAUGCUGUUUUUGUGCUAUUUGACACUGAUAGUCAGCAACUGUUGUCUAGGAGCUGCCAACAGUUGGUCAACUCAUCUAAGGGAAAAGAUUCUGAUGAAUGUCCUACUGAAAUAAUGAACAUUAUUGGGAGUGAAAUGCUUUUCAAAGUGGAGAAAUCAGAUGAUCGCGCAGAAAAGUUUGAUGAGUCAUUCAAGGUGAAGAAGAUAUGCACUGAUCUUGCUGUGAUUGAAGCAUUCAAUGACGAGUCAAAGGUUCAAACACCCCACAAGAUGGUUAUUGCCGGUAAAUUUCCCAAAACAUCUGCUGGAUUUGAGGAUAGUGCUGAUUGCUCUGCAGACCUCUCUAAGAUAGGCCCAAAUGUUGAGUCUCUUGAUGAAAUAUCAACAGGGGAGGCGUCUGGCCAAUGCUCAUCUGUGCAGAGCUCUGGUAGUGUUAAUUGCCUGCCCAAUCCCCCGAAGCGUCUGAAACUAAAGGCUGUCAAAUUGGAGCAUGAGUAAAUCCCUCGCUGAAACAGUUAUUGAUUCACAGGAUGCUUCAUAUUUUCCCUACUGUCAGCUGGCUGUGUUCUAUAUUAGGAUUAUAUUACUAUGCGAUAUGUACUUUGUUAUGGUUGUUUGUUAGCAGUCAACGCCUAUGUUUCAUCCUGUGAGAUAUUGUAUUUUGUUAUGUUUAAUGUUUAAUUUUAUGCUAUGUACCUGUACAUCGAUGCCAAACAGCUCAUGCUGAACCUUGGCUUUGUUGUAUUUGUGUUAUCUAUGUUAAGUAUCUGUUUUAAAUAUCAA